GUGGGCCUGGGGAGCGGAGGUCCGUUCGGCCGAGCCGCAGCCGGAGCCAGGUUCUUUGGCAUGGAUAAAUGUUCAGUGGAAGGAUUAGAAUUGACUGAACAGACUCCUGUUUUAUUGGGGAGUACAGCCAUGGCAGCUAGUCUCAUGAAUGUAGAAAAUUCAUUUGGUGACCAAAUUAGUCCUCUGGUUAAUAGGUCUAGAAAUUCAUCUAUGGAAGAUGAUGAGGAUGAUGAUGUUGUAUUUAUUGACUCUAUACAACCUCCUUCAACUGCUCCAGUGGUAACUUAUCCAAGAAACUUUGUAUUAUCAAAAAAUGAAAAACUGCAAGGAAAUUACUCCAAAUUUCUUCCUUCCUCAAGAGAUUUGGCUUCUCAAAAGGGUCAUAUGAUUGAGACAAUAGUCAUUGAUGAUGAAGAGGACUUAGAAACAAAUGGAGCGAAUAAAAAAAUUUCUUCCAGUUUUGUUGGAUGGGGAUUUCCCGAAACUAAAAACAGAACCAAAGAUUUGGAUUUCUCUACUACCAGUCUUUCAAGAAGUAAGAGCAAGACUGCUGUAGGACGUUUUAAUCCUGGUAGAAUGAAUGUGGCAGGACAUGAAUUUCAGAAUGGAGGAUUUACGACUCAUCAUACUCCUGAUUCUUGGAUAUCCCAGUCAGCAUUAUUUCCCCGUAAUCAGAAGCAAGAACAGGUGGAUUCUUUAGCACCAGUGGCUUCUCUUCCUAAACAGAUUUUCCAGCCUUCAGAUCAACAGCAACGUAUUAAACCAGCUAAAAUCAUUUGUGCUCAUUGCAAAAAUCCUUUACAGAAGGGACAGACUGCUUAUCAACGAAAAGGAUCAGUUCACCUAUUUUGUUCUACCACCUGCCUUUCCUCUUUCUCUCAUAAACGUAUUCCCAAGAAGAGCAAUGUAAUAUGUAAAAAGGACACACCUACAAAUAAAACUCCUAUGGUUCCUACAAUGAAGUCAACUGAAUCCAUCCAGAAAUUUUCUAGUACAUCUUGUUUAACUCUCUAUGAAGAUAAUCAGGACAUUAGAAAAAGAGCACUAAAUAAAUCAAGAUGUACAAUCUGUAGUAAACUAACAGAGGUUCGACAUGAAGUCAGCGUUAACAAUGUAACACAUAAACUGUGCAGUAACCAAUGCUUUAAUAAGUACAGAUUGGCCAAUGGUUUAACAAUGAAUUGCUGUGAACAGUGUGGAGAGUACUUGCCUAAUAAAAGUGUUGGAAACUUUGUCCUGACCAUUGAAGGUCAACAGACAAGAUUUUGCUGCCAAGGUUGUGCUAACGAAUAUAAACAGAUUAUGGAAACAGAUUCUAACAAAUUGUCUGCAUCAGAAAACAGAAAAAGGAAUGCUCCUAGAAUAGAAAAUGAAAGAAGAUUAUAUGGAUCAUUGGAUAUCUGUGUGGAAAAAAUAGAGGAAAUACCAGAAAAAAAGGAAAAAACUUUAGCACUGCAAGUUUCAGCGGAACGUAAUUCAGAUUUAUCCCUAAUCAAACAGGAUAUGACUUUACCUUCAAUGUUAUCUAUACCUGAUAAAUUUCAAGAGCAACUGGAAGAAAAAAAAUCAGAAGACUCCAUUGUACCAGUUAUGCUUUCUGCAGAUCCAGGUACAUGGCCCCGGAUUCUGAAUAUUAAACAACGGGACUCUGUUAUUGAAAAUGUUCCUCCUCAAGUAAGAAAUUUUAACUUUCCAAAGGACAGUACAGGGAGGAAAUUUUCAGAAACUUACUAUACACGAGUUCUUCCAAAUGGUGAAAAAACCACUAGAUCCUGGUUACUUUAUUCAACUUCAAAAGAUUCUGUUUUUUGUCUGUAUUGUAAACUUUUAGGGGAAGGAAAAAAUCAAUUGAAAAAUGAGAAUGGGUGCAAAGAUUGGCAGCAUUUAUCACAUAUUCUUAGUAAGCAUGAAGAAGGUGAGAUGCACAUCAACAAUAGUGUUAAGUAUUCAAAAUUAAAGUCUGAUUUGGAAAAAAACAAAACUGCAGAACACAGAUAUCGCGAGAGUGAGAAAAAUGAUGGUGUGCUGUUAUUGUAUACAUAAUUGCUAUUAUUAUAUAUCUAAUACACCUGAAACUUACAGCAAAUAAACAUGGAAAAAUGUCUGAAUUCCAAAGCUUACUGGAGUUAAUAAUCAUUAGUACUGAAUUGAUAAAACCUAUUUUCUCCAUCUGUUGAUUGACUCAUUCAAAUUGGUAUUUGAAGACUGACAUUCGAUAGGUGUGAUUAAAUGCGCCUGAUUUACCCUGAAAAAGGGAAAGGCAGGCUUAUAUUUAACCAUACCAAUUUAAACAAGGCAAUUACCUACAUAAAUGUUGUUGUUCAGGUAAGGUCAUUUAUAAAUGGCUGAAGAACAUAAUGGAUCAGAACUGCAGCUUUUGCAGUUAAACUGAAUAUUUGUGAUACAUUUCUUUUUAAGCUAGACAAUAUCAUUUGUUACAUUAAAGUGGUAUAAUUUGCAUGUUACGGGUUCAAUGUGUAAAUAUUUGGAUUUUUAUUAUAAUAAAUGGAUAUAAAGAGUGUACAC